GUAUUCCAUUUUAUUUUGUAUUUUUAUUUUUAUCCGCUUCUCUUCCACAAAACUCUCUUACAGCCCCCGCCCCUCCCUUCCACUUCCUUUCUCUAACAAGCUUAUUAGGGUUAGGGUUUUAAAGCCCCCCAAACAGGCUUUCCUUAAUUUUAUAUAUUUUGGGUUUCUCAAUUCGACAUUUUCUUUGGUCGCCGGCAGGUUAUUUUUUCUUCUUGGGAGCGAAUGAUCUUUCAAUGCCUGGGCCACGAAAGAUCAAAUCUUGUGUUGCAAAACCUAGGAAGUUGAAAAGCGCUUGCUUUUUCUAUAAAGAAGUGGGUGAUUUAGGUGUUUUUUCAUCCACAAAGACCUCCAAUUCGUCUUCCUUUUUAUCUUUUACUCUCCGCAUGCCCUUAAUUUGAUUCCCACCUCUCUGAUAUUUUGGGUCCUCAUGGCGCCAAGUCGAAGAAAAGGUGCCAAUAAGGCCGCAGCCGCCGCCGCGGCUCGCCGACAAUGGAAGGUUGGUGAUCUCGUUCUUGCCAAAGUUAAAGGUUUUCCGGCCUGGCCUGCUACGGUAAGUGAGCCGGAGAAGUGGGGUUAUGCUACGGACUGGAAGAAAGUACUUGUCUACUUUUUUGGAACUCAACAGAUAGCCUUCUGUAAUCCUGCUGAUGUUGAAGCGUUUACUGAAGAGAAAAAGGAAUCUCUUCUAGGCAGACGUCAUGGAAAAGGUUCUGAUUUUGUUCGUGCUGUGCAUGAGAUAAUUGAAAGCUAUGAGAAGCUGAAAAGGCAAGAUCAAGUCAAUAAUGCAAACACCACAGUUGAAGGUACGCUGGCCAGUGAAAAUAACUCUGGGGAACUAUCAAUCAAAUCUUAUGCAAAUGGUGAAGCUGCUGGUACAACAUUUCAUUUAUGUCAGAAAAAGACACAUUCUACUGCAGAAGAAGAUGAUGUGGGUGUGAAAUCCAAGAGUGGUACUGCUGUAAAUGGACAAGAAGAUUUGCCAGACAGAGGAAUGCCUGAAAAUGAGGUUGUUACAGAAAUGGCCUGGGCAAAUACUGACUCCUACAGAAAAAUUGUUGAGAGCAAUAGGUCACAAAAAUGUUUCACACGUAGAAGGCCUCCCUCUGCUCGACGGGCUAGAAGCAGGGCAGAUUCUAGUAAAGUUAAAAAUUUCAUAACCCACUCUGGGGUCACAGCUAGUGUAUUUCGGGAUGGAUCUGGGAGGAGAAAUAAAAGGAUUAGAAAAUCACCUGAUGUUUUAACUGGCCAUGAUAUGGAUUCGCAUGAUUUGAUUUCAAAUUGUAGUAUUGAAGGGAAUGACUCAGAAAUCUUGACAGCGGACUCUGAUUCACUGAGCUUGAAUGAGGGCAGCACUGUUGAGUCUGAAUGUAAGGAUACACAUCCCGACUCUGUUAUUGAACUUGCUCAAAGAAAUGUUGAGAACCAAAGGCUUGACUUCCAAAGAAAUGGCAUCCAUAAAAAGAGAAGGAUGCCUAAUAGAAAAAGGCCUAAUUCUGAGGUUGUCGAAUUCAAUGCUAGACCAGAUGAAAAGGUAGAUUCAGAUGCUGAUCUUGUUAAGGGUGAACGUAUCUUGCCUGGAGAUCAAGAGAGAUCAACUGAAAGAUUCCCCAAGGAAGAUGGUGAUGAGCACCUGCCUUUGGUCAAAAGAGCUAGGGUUCGUAUGGGUAGGGCAUCAUCUACUGGACGUGAACCUGAAACUUCAUUAGAUACUGAAGAGAAGCGGCCAGACGUUUGUAAUAGCCUUUCGGAUCAUGUCCAUGUGUCAUCCGAUCGGGAAGGAGAUGGUUCUACAGAUCAGAACCCUUCUACUGUGAAAGGAGAUGUAGAAAAUUCACCACCAUUAAAUAAUUCUCAUGCCAUGAAGUGUCACUUAUGGGAAGUAAGAAAGAAUCAACACUUCGGUAGUUCUUUAGAUGGUGAAGCUGCUUUACCUCCAUCAAAACGCUUGCAUCGUGCAUUGGAGGCCAUGUCAGCGAAUGCAGCUGAAGACAAUCAAAUAGCUUCAGAUGGACCAUCAACAACAAAUGCUGACACUAAUGGAUUUUCUUCGUCGUCAGAUGACCACACAAAGUUCUCUCUGGAAAGACAGUCAGUCAGUCAAUUUGGAGUCAGUUUAGCAGAGGAAAAUCUUAGUAAUAAUGAUUCUCGGGAUGGUGUCUCUGAGUUUUCUGUGCAGUCUGACUUGCCAAUAGAACAAGUUAGGAUAUGUUCGGGAGUGGUGGCAAUUCGCUCCAGUGAUGAUAGCUCAAAGAGUAAGUCAUGCAAAGAUGAUGUGGAUUAUUCUGAUGGUAAAAAUCUUUUAGAAUCUUCUUCUGGUGACCUCAUUGAUGCUGCUUUAAUUUUAGAAUGCCCCAAAUCUUUGUCAACUAAAGAGGCCCAUGUGAGUACUAAUGGUUCACUGGAUGCGGUCUUGCCAUUAAAAGGUGGUUGCACAAAUGGAAAAACUGAUUUGGGCAAGUCUCCGGAAACUCUUGAUGAUAAAACAUCCCUGUUAAGUUCUAAUCUUCUAGCAGCGGAAGAUGCCACCAUUCAGUCACCACGUAGUGCUACCAAUAUGCAAACGGAUAAUGCAGAUGCCAAAUUUGAUGAAACUAUGAAGUCGUGUCAAUUCAUAUUAGAGGACAAGAAACAAGUUAAUGAAUUGUUGAAGGAUGUUGGAGCAACUGGACCCACCAUAAGGGAUUGUGAUUCUAUGUUAUCUUCAGCUCACAUGGAUGUUAUGACUAAUGGCAAAGAGGAUCAAGAUCACUCUCACUCUAAUUCUAUCUCUGAUGAUCAUUCAGGGGAUAAAACAGUUUCAGUUACCCAGUCGUCAUCAUCUCUGACUGAUGGUUUGGACUCCAUUAUACGUGCAACACCGCAUAAUUCAACCAGCAAUGCACCUGUAUCAGUUAAUAAUUCUAUCCAAGUUAAUGGUUCUUGUAGCCCUGCUGUUCAUUCCCAUCAUGAGACUCAAAAAUUUGCUGAGAAAUGGAACUACAAAGAAGCUAAUGUUGCUCUGACAUCUUUUGAGUCUAUUCUUGGAUUACUAACAAGGACAAAGGAAAGCAUUGGUCGAGCGACGCGUAGUGCCAUUGAGUGUGCAAAAUUUGGUGUUGCUGCUAAGGUGGUAGAAAUUCUUGCACGGAGUUUGGAACGAGAAUCAAGUUUACACCGAAGAGUGGACUUAUUCUUUCUAGUUGACUCUAUUGCGCAGUGCUCAAGGGGCUUGAAAGGUGAUGUUGGUGGCAUAUAUCCUUCAGCGAUUCUAGCAGUAUUGCCACGUUUAUUGUCAGCUGCUGCUCCUCCUGGAAGUAGUUCUCAGGAAAAUCGUAGGCAGUGCUUGAAAGUUUUGAGGGUCUGGCAGGAAAGAAGGAUCCUCCCAGAAUCCAUUGUUCGCCACCAUAUCCGGGAACUCGAUUCUCUCUGUGGUUCAUCUUGUUCUAGAGCGUUCUCACGUCGUCCUUUACGAAAUGAAAGGGCAUUUGAUGAUCCAAUUAGAGAAAUGGAGGGCAUGAAUGUUGAUGAAUAUGGAAGCAAUUCAAGUAUUCAACUUCCUGGAUUCUGCAUGCCUCCUAUGUUGAGGGAUGAAGAUGAUGGAAGUGAUUCUGAUGGAGAGAGUUUCGAGGCAGUCACUCCUGAACGUGACACUGAAAAAUCUGAAGGAAAUAUGAAGCCUGUCCCUGUAGUUGAGAAGCAUCGUCAUAUCUUGGAAGAUGUUGAUGGUGAGCUUGAAAUGGAGGAUGUGGCUCCCUCUUCUGAUGCUGUUGUUUCCACUAGUCAUAGUGCGGGAACUGAUAUUCUGCAUGCAUCACAUCAUUCAAUUGGAAAUCCAGCUUCUGCGGUCUUUGCUCCUCCAUUACCCAAGGAUGUUCCACCAAUGUCUCCUCCUCUGCCAGUAUCUCCUCCACCCCCACCUCCACCCCUACUCCCAGUUCCUCGAGCGUCUCUUCCUCUUCCAUCUGAAAGGCCUGAUUGCAUUGCAAAUAGUCUUAAUUCUAAGCUCUUUACUUGUUCACAGAACAUAGAAGAUGACUUGCAAAAAUCUACUGCAGAUCAGUCUAUUGCACCAGGAUUCAACCUUUCGAUUUCUGAGACAGCUCAAUGUUCUUCACAUGGCCAUAUUGAUUUUCAUUCUCAGGUGCCAAAACAAAUACCAAACUCAACUAAUUGUUCAUUCAGUAGCCCACCUGUCUCCCAUCCACCAGUUCGAACAGUAAAUAAUCCACCAGCUGAUGGUGCAUUCAACAAGGGUUUCCAUUUACGUCCGCCUCAUCCUGCUCCAUCUAAUCAGUUUUCCUACAUGCAAGUUGAUCAUCGAGCACAGUCGAGGGAUAUCCCACCAGCGUCCCACCCCACCAGAUUCCAUUUACAGAACACUGAUAAUGGAAACUUUUACAGAGAUUGUGAUAGGAUGAAAUUGGCACCACAUGAUAUUGGAGAGCGGUGGAGGGCUCCCCCACCUUUUCCUGGGCCACGGUAUCUUGAGGGAUCAAGAAUGCCUUGUGCACCCGCUCCAUUUUCCAGCCAACUUGGUGAAGCAGCACCACCAAGCAAUCAUUGGGCUUUUCCUCCCCGAGCCAUGAAUCAUAUGCCUCAUAGGCCCCCUUCUGGGGGUCCAAUACCUGUGGCAGCUAGAGCUUUUAUGAAACUCUACAGGAGGGAACCGGUCCCAACUGCUGGAGACCGAGAUGACUAUCAUAAAACCCGACACCGGGGGCCCAGCCCUCCUCCACUCUCAGCGGUGCUGCCGAACCGGCCGAACCUUUCCCUUUCCAUUUUUAAAGCUGCAAAGCCCUUUUCAAAAUUAUCCAUUUAUGAAAACGUAGAUGGAAAUAUUCUCUUUCGCAUCGAAAAAGAGAAUCCACUAGUAGUAAUAUUGGCCGCAGAGAUGGGUUCCGCUCCCUCUGUCCCACAGACGUCCAUUCACGAAUUCACUGUUAAGGAUAGCAAAGGAAAAGAUGUCGACCUGAGCAAUUACAAGGGGAAGGUGCUUCUGGUUGUUAAUGUUGCUUCCAAAUGUGGAUUCACUAACUCUAACUACACUCAAUUGACUGAGCUAUACAGCAAGUACAAGGAUAAAGGUUUUGAGAUAUUGGCCUUCCCAUGCAAUCAGUUCUUGAAGCAAGAGCCUGGAACAAGUGAGGAAGCUGAACAAUUUGCAUGCACACGAUUCAAGGCCGAGUAUCCAAUCUUUUCAAAGGUUCGUGUAAAUGGUCCAACUGCGGCACCAGUCUAUAAGUUCCUGAAAGCCAGUAAAGGUGGUUGGUUUGGGUCUAGCAUUAAGUGGAACUUCACCAAGUUUCUUGUUGACAAGGAAGGACGAGUUAUUCGCCGUUAUGGCACCUCAACUCAACCAUCAGCAAUUGAGGAAAUGCUAUGUUACGUUGACUCUUCAUUUGACCCCGAAGUAUCUGUGUUUACUCGACACGACACUGGUUGGGAAUUUUUUGGACACUUUUGACUUUUAUGAGGUGUGAUGUCGAUGUAAGAGGAGGAGACAUGGGUGAGAAAACUCGUGGACGUAGGAGACUUGUUGCACUGGAAUCCUGAUUGAGUUAUGACUUGUUGGUUACUUUAGAAUUCUUCAAUCCAUACUGAGCUAUGACUUGUAUGUUGGCUGCUUUCAUGUAAUUCAUAUAUUUACUAGAAAUUUUGCCGUGCCCAAGCACUCGUGUCCGAGUCCUUAAAAGUGUUCCUGUAUCCUAAUUCUAGAUAGUCGAUGAAUUAAACAGUUGGACACGUACCCGAGUCCGAGUAACACAGAGGAAAUGUAUGCUCUGGAAAAGUUCCCAUCCGUUGCUCUUUAUGGUUUGCCACCGCCUAAUGAAGAAAAGUCGGGGUGACCCAGUUUUGAUUGGUUA